AUGCCAAUGGUGUUGGCUUACACAGACUUUUCAGGUAACGAUAUACCGAUAGCUGGACCGAGCGCGGCACCACCCGUUCAACGCCGUGGGAUUGGGCGUGGGCUCGGCAGGCCUCAACCCACGCUAGCUGGUCGAAAUGGCAGAGGUGGUGGUCGCCCAAGAGGCCAAAAGCCACCAAAUUUCCGUGAGGGGUGGUCUGAAACAAACAACUUCAGGCCCCCACCAAUGCCAUUUACUGGAUCCAAAGGACCAAAUGCAGACUACAGUGGCUUUUCUCCAGUGGAGAUUUUCUACUUAUAUUUCACUGCUGCUGUUUGGGAUCUCCUUGCAACUGAAACGAACAGGUAUGCAAACCAGUUCAUGGAGGCUAAACCAGGUACAUAUCAUUGGGCGAACAAUCCCACAAACAUAAAUGAGAUGAAGGCAUUUGUUGCAAUCCUUCUUGCCAUGGGAAUAAAGAGAAUGCCACAAUACCAUAUGUACUGGGCCACAUCCGAGAUGUUGAUAAACCGAUUUUUCCCGUCAAUUAUGCCCCGUAAUCGGUUUCAGGCCAUCUUGCGGUUCUUACAUCUUGCUGAUAAUCUUGCCCCUCGUCGACCCCAGGCUCCUCGUAACAAACUUGUCAAACUUCAGCUGUUCCUCGAUAUCACUCUACCAACAUUUUAUUCAGCCUACAAUCCUGGACAACAGCUUUCGCCGGAUGAAAGUAUGCUCAGUUUCAAGGGACGACUGAGUUUUGUACAGUACAUGCCAAAGAAACCGGUAAAAUGGGGCAUGAAAGCGUUUUCACUGAAUGAAUCGAAAACGGGAUACACAUGUGUAUGGCAACUUUAUACACCGGUCACCGGGACUACCCCGUCGCUCCCAGUCUUCUUCAACCUGACCCAUCUCAAGACCAUCCAACGGACCUAUACGUGA